UUUACCUACCCAGCAGUCGUCAGCAGCACUGCUCACACAGACUUGGUGCAUAGCAACAGGUCAGCGAGCCUUGUGCGCUACGUUAGCAUUCACCGUGGACUAGGACAGAGGCCCAUUUAGCAGAAAUGGGAGCUACCGUUUCCUCAUGACCUCGCCUGGGAUUGUUUCCUCCCAUCCUUCAGCCGAGCUUCUGGCAAAGUCAGAAUACCACAAUGUGAGGUGAACAUGCUACAACAUGACCGCAUAUAUCCUGUGGACUGUAUUUACAUGGACGUUCAAGGGGAUACUGUGCACCUGCAGGUUCCUUUGGAUAUGCCCAUACAAUGCAAUCAAAUUCUUGCCACGGGAACAACACAUUACAGAGGAAAGAGGCCGCAAACUGAAACAACUAGUCGGUGUGGAAAGUAAAGUGGUUGCAGCCAUACCUGGUAGCCCUGACCGUACAACUGUCCUUCAUAAAAGACUGACCAAAACUGAGAAAGACAUACUGUCGCUUAAGACCAGGAUUGCGUGUGACAGAGCAUCAUGGGAACGGAGGUUUGCAGAGCUGCAAAAAAAACAGGAAGAGCUAUGCAAUCAGAUGGCCUCUGAGGCUGGAGUAUUAGUGAAAGUGGGCAGCUUUAAUGACCAAGGAGAGUCAGGAGUGGACAAUGGAGAAGUAUAUCAGGAGUGCUCGAAUCGCAAUCUCUCACGACUGAUGUACCAACACAGAGGGUCUGUCGUGUCGUCAAGAGGUGACACUUACGCGAGCAGUUUGUCAGGCAGCCAGUUGUCCUUGUCAUCGGCACUGAGCUCACGACCUUCCUCCUCCUCAUCUUCAGCCGCAAGUGUGAGAUCAUGGAGGACCACAUCUCAAGGGCAUCACCGAGUUUUUGUUCCCCACUCCCCCAUGGACCUGCAGCUGGGUCACAGGGUCAGAAUCAUGCUGCCAUCUGGACGGAUCAGCACGGGAACUAUUCGUUUCCUGGGCCACCUGCAGGGGGAGGCAGAUCUCCACCUUGGGGUUGAGCUGCAGACACCUGAUCAUGGAUUGCAUGAUGGCAGCCACAGGGGAUACACAUACUUCGAAUGCAAGCCUGGCUAUGGUGCCUUCGUACCAUUCCACAAACUACUGAUGGCCUGGGAAUGACAAAAAUACAGACCAGAUCAUGCAGACCUGCCCAAUUGGAUGCACUGAAUAUAGGACCAACUGAACGCAGAACAGUACUAUAGUCAUAGAUCUGAUACCUUGUUAAAAUGAGGUAAAUCUUUGUGUCAAAGUACAUACAUAAAAAUGAAAAAAAAGUAUGUCAUGAGUGUCUUGUCUGUGCGGAGACAUAAAUCUGUAUUAUUAAC